GGCAGAGGUCCGGCGGCGGAGGAGGGCGGCCGUAUAUCAGACUCAAUGCGUCGCGCGCGCCUCACUCCGCUGCUUUGCUGGUUUGUGCGAUCGCUACAAAAGCCAUGAAGUCGUUAGUUCUGUGUGUCGUGAUGGCAGUGGUAGUGGCCGCAGUACCCGUGCCACAGCGAGAGGGCGCCGCCUACACCAAAGAGGCUAUCAAGCAGGCACAGAACACAUACCUCAUUCCCAAGGAUGCUGUUAUACAAAAGGUCGAAGAAGGUAUCGAAUUAGCGGCAUACGAGUCUAUCCCCGGAAACCAAAAGAUUAAUUUGUUUGAAAUCCUUGGAGAUCAGCUGCCGUCGGAAGUGAUAAACAACCUGCAAACCCAGGUCAACCACGUCGGCCAGCAGUAAACCUGCAAACUAGAAUAGGAGGCACCGACCACCAAUCACGAGGGAUUAUUAUCUCCAUGGCAUCGCAAAAUUCAAAGAAAGCUUAAUUGUUGCAGAAUCACUUGACCUCUUGUUAAUAGUUAUUAAAAAGUGAUUGAAAAUGAAUUAGUAGGAUUCGUCUGUGAUCGGUGAAUGGUGUCCUCGGCUGUUGACUAAUAUUUAAUUUAUUGGUGACGCAACUACUUGUGAUAAAACAUCUUUUAUACGUUUAGUAGAUACAUCAACUUUUUUAAAUAAAUUAUUAUGAAAUUUUA